AUGUCCUCGGCUUCCCCGGCCCAGCCGCAUGUCUCCUUGCGACACAGGAGAUACAAGGCCGCCCUUGCCUGCACAACCUGUCGUCGUCGCAAGGUCAAAUGCGACGGCAUCCGUCCAGUGUGUGGGAGAUGCCAAACCAAAACAGAGCUUCAGGAAACAUGCACGUACAUCCCGGCGUCAGCUCGCCGUAGCCGUACUGUCAACGUUCCUCUUUCAUCAGCUGCAGCAUCUUCACAACUACCGACACCUGGUACAUCCGCUCAAACAUGCUCGGAGCAAUCGGAUCUCAUCGGCAGUCCAGGCGCUCAAGCCGCCGGUGACCCAGGAGAAUUCUCUUUCGAGGUCAAGGCUGCUGUGGAGGCCAAAUUGGGGUUGCCGUCCUCGAAAAAGCGAUGCCCUAUUCCUCUGACGGAUGCCCCAUUAUUUGGCCUGUUGUCUCUUCCAGAGAUUAUAGAUGUCGCUGCAAAUCCUGCGGACAAUGUCCUUCCCCCGCGCAAGCAUGCCGACCACUUGGUGAGCCUGUACUGGCGAUGUCUCGAUCCUCUGGAGCCGUUGCUCAAUCACAGAUCGUUCUGUACCGCGUACCAGGCCCUAGUUGACGGCAGAGAGAUGGAAUGCAAUGAACAAAUCUCUCUCUGCACGCUCAACCUUGUAUUUGCUUUAUCCACUCAAUUACAGGAAUCGACUCCUUCGGAACAGAGAGAUAGCGCCAGCAGGACUUUCUUUCUUCGAGCCUGGCAUCUGCUGCGUCCGGAGAUCGUUCUCUGGCAACCCGGCUCAGUAGAGAUCGUUCAAUGUCUGAUCCUUAUGACCAGGUAUCUUCAAUGUACUCGAAAUUUACAGCAGACGUGGAUGGCACUGGGUUCGGCUGUGCGAAUUGCCCUGAACAUUGGCCUCGACCGCUCAGAGAAGAAUCUGACCGUGUCGGAUAGGGAGACCCAGUUGACACGGGAUGUUUGGCAGCAGUGCGUAUUCAUGGACAGAAACCUUUCUUGGUCGCUCGGGCGGCCUUCCACGGUACCGAGUGUGCCUUUCUUCUCGCUCGACUCACUUCGAAAUGGUAGCAAUCUACCUGGCUCCGACGAUAUGGUCAAUGCUUCAGCGUCUGAGAAAAUGCAAGAAUUGGCCAAAAUCACCGGUCACAUUGGUCUUUCUCAAGUGCUCCCCGCCAGCAGUGCGGCGGAGACGCAAGACUUUGUUUUACAAACUCAAGCCGAACCCAGUGUGUGA